AUGAAAGUGCAGUUUUUUCUUCAUCUUUUUUCAUUUUUCAACUUCUUUGUAUUAUUAGCACAAUGCAAAACUCAUCCUAUUGAUAUACAAGGACUUCAAAAUCUCAAAAAUGGAAUAAACCCAAAAUCCAUUAAACCCGGUUCAUGCUUAAACUCAUGGAACUUCUCUAUAGACCCAUGUGAUCAUAUUUUCACCGACCGGUUCACCUGCGGUUUCCGAUGUGAUCUCAUCGUCUCCGGUUUUUAUCGAGUCACUGAAAUCAGCCUAGACCAAGCCGGUUACUCCGGUUCAUUGCCUAAUUCAUUCAAUCUCCCUCAUCUCGAGAUUUUAGAUAUGUCGUAUAAUUCCCUCUCCGGUUCAAUCCCGAAUUCAUUUUCAAAUCUAACUCGUCUCCGGCGGCUCAGUCUUUCGAAAAACUCGUUCACCGGUCCAGUUACUUCUUCUAUCGGUUCUCUAUCCCGUUUACAGGAACUAUUUCUCGAUAACAACAAAUUCACCGGUUCAAUCCCGGAAAGUUUUAAUGGUUUAAUCAAUCUGAAUCGAUUCGAGCUUCAACAAAACAAUAUCUCCGGUGACUUACCUGAUUUGAAUCAGCUCAUAAAUCUGAUCUUCUUAGAUUUAAGCAAUAACAGACUCGCCGGAAAUUUCUUUAGGACAAAUUUACCUGAUUCGAUGAUUGAACUCUCAAUACGCAACAAUUGUUUACACGGCGAGUUUCCGUUGAACUUCGAAGAGUUGAAGUUCCUACAGGUGUUAGAUCUGAUCCAUAAUUUGUUUUCCGGGAUGAUUCCGGCGGUGCUAUUUCAUCACUCAUCUCUUCAGCAGCUUACACUUUCUUACAAUAACUUUACGUUUUUGCAAGUGCCGGAAGAUUUAGUGCUUCGAAGUAAGCUUAUAGCUAUUGAUCUGAGUUACAACAAUUUGCAUGGCUUAUUGCCGGCGUUUAUGGCAUCGAUGCCGGAGCUGUCGGCUCUGAAUUUGGAGCAUAACAAGUUUACCGGCGUGAUACCGAUACAGUUUGCAGUAAAAGUUGUGGCUCCGAGGAAUCAUACGGCGUCGUUUGAGAGGUUAUUGCUGGGUGGAAACUAUUUGUUUGGGCCGAUUCCUGGGCCUUUAAUGGGCCUAAAGCCUGGUUCUGGAAAUAUUAGUUUGGUGGAUAGCUGUUUGUAUAUGUGUCCAGAUUCGGUAUACAUUUGUCAUGGUGGGUAUCAGAAGUCUUUAUUGGAUUGUAAAAAGUUUGGGCCUAGGAUUCCUUGA